AGAAGUAAACACCUCCACUGUGCACUCCAUUAGGCCGACGCCUCCCUCCUCAGAGCCUCCCCUGCCCAAAACGAGCACCAUGACUUGUGGAUCUUACUGUGCUGGCCGUACCUUCAGCUGCACCUCUGCCUGCGGCCCGGCCGGCCGCUGCUGCAUCACGGCCGCCCCCUACCGGGGCAUCUCCUGCUACCGCGGCCUCACCGGGGGCUUUGGCAGCCGCAGCGUCGGCGGAGGCUUCCGCGCUGGCUCCUAUGGCCGCAGCUUCGGGUACCGCUCUGGCGGUGUGGUCCGUCCCAGCCCGCCCUGCAUCACCACCGUGUCCAUCAACGAGUGCCUCCUCACGCCCCUCAACCUGGAGAUCGACCCCAACGCCCAGUGUGUGAAGCAAGAGGAGAAGGAGCAGAUCAAGUUUCUCAACAACAGGUUCGCCGCCUUCAUUGACAAGGUGCGCUUCCUGGAGCAGCAGAACAAGCUGCUGGAGACCAAGCUGCAGUUCUACCAGAACCGCCAGUGCUGCGAGAGCAACCUGGAGCCGCUCUUCAAUGGCUACAUCGAGACGCUGAGGCGGGAGGCCGAGCUCGUGGAGGCCGACAGUGGGAGGCUGGCCUCCGAGCUCAACCACGUGCAGGAGGUGCUGGAGGGCUACAAGAAGAAGUAUGAGGAGGAAGUUGCCCUGAGGGCCACAGCCGAGAAUGAGUUUGUGGCUCUGAAGAAGGACGUGGACUGCGCCUACGUCCGCAAGUCAGACCUGGAGGCCAACGUGGAGGCCCUGGUCCAGGAGAUCGACUUCCUGCGGCGACUGUAUGAGGAGGAGAUCCGCGUCCUCCAAGCCCACAUCUCAGACACCUCGGUCAUUGUCAAGUUGGACAACAGCCGGGACCUGAACAUGGAUAACAUCGUGGCGGAGAUCAAGGCUCACUACGAUGACAUCGCCAGCCGCAGCCGGGCCGAGGCUGAGAGCUGGUACCGCAGCAAGUGUGAGGAGAUCAAGGCCACGGUGGUCCGGCACGGGGAGACCCUGCGCCGCACCAAGGAGGAGAUCAACGAGCUGAACCGCAUGAUCCAGAGGCUGACGGCCGAGAUCGAGAAUGCCAAGUGCCAGAACUCCAAGCUGGAGGCUGCCGUGGCUGAAGCUGAGCAGCAGGGCGAGGUGGCCCUCAACGAUGCCAAGUGCAAGCUGGCGGAGCUGGAGGCCGCCCUGCAGAAGGCCAAGCAGGACAUGGCCUGCCUGAUCAAGGAGUACCAGGAGGUGCUGAACUCCAAGCUGGGCCUGGACAUCGAGAUCGCCACCUACCGGCGCCUGCUGGAGGGCGAGGAGCAGAGGCUGUGCGAAGGCGUGGGCUCCGUGAAUGUCUGCGUCAGCAGCUCCCGAGGUGGCAUCGUCUGCGGAGAUCUCUGCGCCUCCGGUGCUGCCCCUGCUGUCACCACCAGCGUCUGCAGCGCCCCCUGCAGCGCCAACGUGGUGGUGGGCACCGCCAACGCCUGCAGCCCCUGCUCCGCGGUGGUCAGCAGCAGCGUGGGCUGUAAGAGGUGCUAGGCUCGCUCUCUGCCCAGUCCAGACCUCACGCCACUGGAACACCCCUCCCACUGUCCCACGAACCACCUGCCUCUGCGGAACCAGGGGCCAGAUGGGUACUCUCUGCCCAUCCUCCACACCUGCUCCCUCUGUGUGCCAUCCCCCAAGCGCCUGAACUCCGAGGAGGCUGGGGUGCCCUUAGCCUCUUUCUGUAACCUUUCCUAGUAGCUGUUUUCUUGCCCUGAGGAUUCAUCUUUUUUUUCCAGUUCUGUUUUUUUUUGUUUGUUUGUUUGUUUGUUUUUUGCUGGAUUCAUUGGUCCUGCCUGACCCAUUCACUUAAGCGUGGAGACAGGAAAGGCCACCGAAUCUCCCCUUCUGCAUGUCCUGGGAAUCUGCGAAUGUGCUAGUCCCUGGAGAAUGGAGAUGGGGAGCACUGACAGUGGUUUUCCUCUGUGAGGCACGUGACCCAUGGGAGGGCAGACCAUCACCUUCCAGGGAUGCCUGCAGAAGCUUCUGAAAAGCCAGUGACUCAACUGCCUGCCUGGUUGUUUGCCUUUGUUUCACUCUUUGUUUCCAAUAAACUAAUUGCAGCUAAUCAAA